AAGAUCAAGGAAGCGAGCUAAGUAUACUGGAGGAUGAUGUACAAGGAUUAACUUUUCAUUAUGUCAGAAGGUGGACUAAGCAAGAACUAACAAUCCUCUUAGAUCACAUUUUCAGUAAAAAAAUAAAUUGCAUCAAACUUCAAGAAAUGGGUAUAUUACGAAAAAAUAGAGGCAUUUCAUUGAAAUGGAGAUCAAUGAAAAUACAAAUAAAAAAAUUAUUUGAAGUUGACUUGUAG